GAGAAGAAAAUGAGGUGAAUAUAUUAUGGGCAACACACCAAACACAUCAUAGUUCUGAAGAUUACAACUUAUCCACAGCGCUGAGACAAUCUGCAGUGCAGAAAUAUAUUUCUUGGGUGUUCUACUUGCCUAUGGCUCUUAUUAUUCCUCCAUCGGUAUGUGCUGUUCAUCUACAGUUUAAUCUUCUUUAUCAAUUUUGGAUUCAUACAGAGGUAAUUGACAACCUUGGACCUCUGGAGUGGAUUCUUAAUACACCCAGUCAUCACAGAGUUCAUCAUGGGAGAAAUCUUUACUGUAUUGAUAAAAAUUAUGGUGGCACCCUCAUUAUCUGGGAUAGAAUUUUUGGAACAUUUGAGGCAGAGAAAGAAAAAGUUAUAUAUGGCCUAACACACCCUAUAAAUACAUUUGAACCCUUCAAGGUCCAGUUGCAUCACUUCACCUAUAUAUGGGGUGUAUUUUGGGCCACACCUGGUUUCUCCAAUAAGCUGUCUGUCAUAUUCAAAGGGCCAGGCUGGGGACCAGGAAAACCAAGACUUGGCCUUUCUGAGGAAAUCCCAGUGAUCACUGGAAAAGAGGUUCCCUUCAACCCAAAAUUGCCAGUUCAUCUUUGUGUCUAUGCAGUUAUACAUUUUUCCUUGAUUGUGACAUUGUAUAUUGACCUCUUUGCUGCUGCAGCUACGUUAUCGCAGGUAACAGUUCUCCUGAGGAUUGGCUAUAUUAUCCUAACAUUGACCUCCAUGGGAUUGCUUAUGGACAAAAGACCUGAAGCAGCUAGAUGGGAAACUGUCCGUUGCACAGUUUUUCUAGCUCUGCAGAAACUUGGUUAUAUAAAAACUUAUCCACCCAUGAUGUUUGCUUAUGAGGUUCUAUUUUCGCUCUGCAUUGUGUUCUGGGGAGUGCAAAUUAUGAAGCAGCUGACCUCAAGCACAGCUAAGCGGCUUUAAAAGAGCAAAUACAACAGCACUCUAAUAAUGGAAAGAGCACUUGGAAUAUGCUUUGAAGUUCCUUGGAAGAAGUUAACUAUGCCUCUUACAGUAAAACAAUGAUUUUUCAUAAGCUAGGUAGGAUUCAUGAUUUUUAAAUGAAGUUUUAAAAGAUGCAUAAAAGGACCAUAUGUUUUCUUUGAUUUUUAAUAUAUAAUUUCCCCCAAAUUUAAAUGAAAGUUUCUUUUAUUUUAUUUUCAUGCUUUCACAGCAUAUUUUUUUCACAUUCAAGGGAUCACAACACUCUUUUAAAAAGCCUGUAAAAUAAUAGCCUUUUAUAAUCACUUUAUUAGUAUGUAACCAUAUGUAAAAAGUAUUCUUCAAUAGAAGUAAUUAAAAUCAUAUAUGUUACCACCUGGUAUAAAGCAUCUGCCUGUCUCACCAUAGAGGCCAAAUUUGAAAUUAUGUGAAUGUAAAUUUUUCCAUAAUGCUUAAAUUAUAGUAGAAUCUCAAUGGCAUGCCCAAUUGUAUGUUCAUAAGAUAUAGCUACAUAAGGAUGAAUAGUUGAGACAGGAAAUAAUUAAAAACAGCAUGAUAAAAUAACUCAAACUAGUAUGAGUUGAAAUUUCUUCAAUAAAACUGGCUGAUAUAUGUGAUGUAUAACUUGGGUUUGCAACUUGAAUUAAACUGCUUAGGAAAUA